GUUUUUUUAAUUUUUUAAGACAUAAAACUUGCUUUGACAUUUAGAUAUAAUGAAAAUUUUGGUAAAAACAUUGUAACAAGUAGAGGAUAGUGAACUAAAUAAAAUAAUAUUGUUGUAAGUAUCUACUACUUUAACUUUUUAUUGUUGUUUGUGCCAAUUGUGCCUGAUAAUUUCUCUAUAGGAAGUAAAUAUUUCUGGAAGGUUAAUAUUUUGUCGACAUUGUCAGUAAAACUGCGAGGUCAUUGUCGAUUUCUAAAUGAUUUUAGGGCCGAUUUAUCUUCAAUUUCCAAAUAUGGAUAUAGAUAAUGGACCAGAGGUGCCAGUACCAGUCAGUGGUACAGGUGUGGAUAUUGAACAGUCUUUUUUACAACAGUUCAGUUGUAUGGGGACAACAGACAAAGAUGAAUUGAUUCAACAACUGCAAAAGCUUGUUGGCAGCCAACUUAAUUACUCCACAGCUGCGUUUUUCUUGGAUAUGAACAACUGGAAUUUACAAGCAGCAAUUUGCUCAUAUUUUGAUAUAGAGUCUCCAUGCCCUCUUCCAUCCAUGAAAUUGAUCUCAGAUCCUGUAGCAAGUGAACACACAGAUGUAGAACCAAAUAUCAGGUUUAAAAAGUCCUGGAACAUAGUAAAUAGUGGUACAGAGAAGUGGCCUGCAAACUGUUAUGCUCAAUGUUCAGAUGGUGAUAAUUUUGGAGCUGAUCGAGUUCAUGUUCCUUGUUUAGAUCCAGAAGAGGGAUAUCAUUUGGUUGUAGAUAUGGUUAGUCCCACAGUACCUGGCAUAUAUCAAAGUAAAUGGAGAAUGUGUACAGACAUAGGAACUUAUUUUGGUGAUCCAAUGUGGGUGAUAGUAACUGUAGUGGAAGAAGGCACAGUUGCUUUAACAAAUCAACUAUCUCAUUUUAACGAAUUAGGUGCAUUACCUCCCCCUACUAGUAACUAUAAUCCCUUUUCACCACAUCAAAUCCAUAUAGGACAUACCCCGGAUACAGCCCCUCCAGAUGGAAAAGACACAUCCAUGUUUUAGUACCUGCUUAAACUAUUUUACAGUGCCACACUUUAAGGAGGGAGAAUGCAUUUAUGUGAAUGAAUAAAUGAAAAAAUAUAUUAUAGUUAAAAUACAUAUUUUGCAAAAAGUAUAAGAGUUUGCUGAAAGAAGAGUGAUUAGAUAUAGGUUAUUCAUUUAGAGUUAGUAAUUUUAUAUAUUUAACUGAUAUCAAGAGGCAAUUAUAGAGAUAUUGAAUUUAUUUUAAAGAGGGACUUGUCUUAGAAUUAAUCAAAUAUGUAUAAAUGUUUUUGUAAUUCGUUGUUUAUCUUCCUAAUCAAAUUGUAUACAAUUACAUUGGGAAUAUUAUCACAUUUUUAUUAUCUUUCCUUUCAACAUGUCGAGUUGUAAGGUUACAAAAAAUAUGAUCAAAUACACUAUGGAAAAACAAAAUUAAGGAUGUUAACUAAGAUUUUCCUUAUUCUUUUUUUUUUUUUUCAAGUUGUGAUAAUUAUAUCCACAAAAUCUUUUUACUUUAUUAUUUUUUUUAUAUAGUUUGUCAACACUUUAUUUGGUAUUAUACAGAGUUAUAAACUCACUCUAAUAUCCAAAACACUUACAAAGUGGAUAAAAAGUGAUUUUUUUACAUUUACAUUGAAAUUGGACUGUUAUUGGUCAUCACAGCUUUUAAAAUUUUUAUCACAAAUUGUCAAAAGGUUUUUAAUUUCCAUUGUACAUUAAGUGAAAGAUUAAAAGUGAUAGUAAUUAAUAAAAUUUUUAUUUUGGAUACAAAACAGGAAGAAGAUAAAAUGUUAUGAACAACACUUUGAUUUGAAAAUAAGAGUAGGAGAGAAUAACAGUGGUUACAAAAUUAAUAAACAAUUUUAUUGUUUAUUAGCAUUUCACAUAAAUUUACUGACAUAGAAAUCUGAAUGCCCAUUAUAAAUUAUGAGUUAAAAAAUAUUUUGUGCAAUUAUUAUACAUAGUAGCAAAAUAAACAAGCGAUCCAAAUUUCAAUAUGAUUGAAACAACUUACAGGGGUAAAUAGAUUAAUAUUGUGUUGUAAAUUAACUCCUCCUGAAAUCACUUCCCAAUAGUUUCUGAUUUAGGAGCCAGGUCAGAAGAUUGACUCCAGCCUGCAUGGAAGUCCAUGGUGAAUCUCGCAAUGUGUGACCUUGCAUUAUUCUGCUGAAAAAUUGGAGGUUGCCGCAUCAAAAGAUAAGAUAUAAGAUGAGAUUCCAGAAUGUCUUCUACUUGUCGACAAGCUGUCAAGCUCUUGACCUUGAACCACACCAUAACCCCAACAUGCUGUUCGUCAAAAAACUGAAUUUUACCUUUUACCAUGUUACUUUCUGACCUUAGCUUGGUCAUCAUGCAUCCCUAAACAAAAUCGAGAUUCAACACUUAAGACAACCCCGUUGAUCUUCUGGUCCCAAGUUAAUUGUUCUCUGCCUCUGCACCCAGUGUGACUGAAAUGAAAAAAAGGCCAAAACUGAAUUUUACAAUAAAUUCUUUGUAUUCUAAUUGGUCUUCCGUGUUCUGCAAACCGUUGAUUUGCAAUAGACCGGUAGUGGAGAAGUGAUCUCUUAGAGCCAUCAACCUUAGGCAACAAUCUUGAUGUCCUGUUGUUCUUCAGAAGCCACUUUGUGCUCCUCUAUCUUCAUGUUCGACCUUCUUGACGCAGUGAUGCACCCAGAGUGGAAGGGUUUUGGGGGGUUAAACCCUACCCAGGACACUAUUCAUACACUGUUACCCACAAAUUUUAAGGACUCAAAAUAGAGGUAGCAUAAAAAAAAUUUUGGUGACCAAACAAAUCCACUCCCACAGGAAAAUUCUAGGUGCGCCACUGCCUUGACGCCAUGGCCGAUAACAUCUAACACCGUAUCUAAACUUCUGUGAACCUUAUUCACAAUUUCCUGAAAAGAAAGUCUGACUUGUCUUAAGGCUAAGUAUAAUAUAAAAUGAAAACCGAAACUUAGAAUGGAUGUUCUGAUUUCUAUGUCACUUAAUAUAUUUCUAUGUAUUUUAGAGCAUUUGGAAUGUUUUGUUUACAUCUAAUAUCCAUCUAAAUGGCUAGUACAUCAAAAUUUUUGUUGAUCAAUGUAUUUUAAGUUAAUAAUUGAAUACCAUUUGUUAGUUGAAAUAAUCGUUAGUGUAUAAUAAUCAAAAGUAUCAGUUUCCUCAGGUUUAAAAAAGUCAAGUAAUUAUCUCUUUAAUUGUCCUUAUUAUUUCUAAUGAAAAAUGGACUUUCUAGUUGUAAUUAAACGAAGGUGCAAACUUAAUUUAACAAAAUUACAUUUUGGAAGUUGCUACACCUGGAUAUUUUUCAAUUUUCACAAAAUUUUUUGGUAAUUAAACACUCUUAUUUUAUUUUUCUCAAAAAAUGUUUUGUCUCAUAGUUUGAACAAAUAAAGAUUUUGGAAUAAAC